AUGGCUCAGACAUGGGUGGUUCUGGCUGCACUCCUUUUCUUGCUAAUCAAUCUGGCUGAAGGGCCAGCUUACAACAUGGUGAGUGUGGAGGCUGGUCAUGAGGCUGUGUUGAAUUGUCCGUACGUCUCCAAGGUGUGUUUGCUAACGGUGAUGUGGAAGAUGAAAUGCAGCAUGUGCUGCUUGUUGGCCUAUAGAAGUGAUCACAAUGAGACAAAGUUAAGCUGCAGUGAGAGAAUGAUGUGGAAAUAUUCACCUGACAGCGACCCUGCUCUUUGUAUUUACCCUGUGAACCUCGGUGAUGAGGGAAAUUACACCUGUGAAAUUGCCAGCAGUGCAGGGAAUUUUUUUUUUUCUUCUUCUGUAGUCCCUUCUACAGUGACUCUGACCUGUGACAAGAGCAGGGUGUCUGUCUGUCAAGCACCUGCUGGAAAGCCAGCUGCUGAUAUCUCCUGGACCCCUGCAAGUAAUCACAGCACCGAGGAAGAAGUCAGUCACUCCAAUGGGACAGCGACCAGAGUGAGCUACAUAGGCUGGGUCAACAGCACGCUUUCCGCCAUCACCUGCCUGGUUACCCACCCAGCUAGAAACCAGACCUGUCAUACUGUGAACUUCAGACCAUCAUGUGAGAAAACAGCUGCGGUCAAGCCUCCUGUCUUAUCAGAGAGUAUCUAUCAGAAUUACAAUCCAAGAAUGAUAUAUAUGAACUAUUAA